AUGAGUACGGCUACGGGACCUAAGUGCUACAAUUGUCAAUUGAUAAGACAUAUAGUACGCGAUUGUACUCGUCCUAAGGGACCGCUACAAUGUUCGAAGUGUGGAACAGAGGGACAUACUGCCAAAUAUUGUCAAGCAGCCAAGACGGACGUCGCUUUGAUCGAUACUAACACAGUAAAUAGAACGCUAUAUGUAAAACGUGUACAAAUCAAUGAGGAUUCUGAAGGAGUUCAAGGCUUAGUAGACACCGGAAGUGCACUUUGCAUUAUCAAGCGAAGUAUAGCUCAAAAAUACGGACUGACAAUAAAACCACGAACAGUCAAUCUUAAUAUGUAUGGUAACACCUCGUGUGUAAUUGGUGGCGGCGAUACAAGGGCGUGGUUGAAGAUAGACUCUGUAAAAGAACCUGUAGAUUUAUUAGUUGUUGACGAUCACAUCCAAAAUUAUGAUAUACUCAUAGGACGCACAUUCAUCAACAAAGAAAAUGUAUCUUUUAUUAAGACAUCUAAUCAGUUGAUUUUUGAUUAUAAUAUGCCACUGCCAUUUAUUGAAGAACCGAAUGAGACAAUAACUGGACAACCUGCAAAUGUAGAAGUGACGUUGAUUGAACGUGAGAAGGAACCGAUUACAGCGAGUAUGGUUAAACACAAUCAAUCAUUCACUAAGGAUGAAGUAACCAAACUAAUAGACCUGAUGAAUGAGUAUCGUAUAUGUUUUGUGUUUAAUAUAUUCGAACUAGGAUGUACCAACGCACCAACUAUGAACAUUGUGGACAACAACGUACCAGUGGUAAGCAGACUUACAGAACAAGUGCGACGGAGCGAGACAUCAUCGACAAAAUUGUCAGUGAAUGGAAGGCGGCAGGUCUAG